AGCUAUGCAUCUAUCUAUCGUCUUAAAAAAGCAUUAACAUGGUAUCAUUGUGUUAUUUUCACGGUCCCAUUUAUACCUAUUCUGCAAAAUUAAAGUGGUAGGGAACCCCUACUUGCUACCUCCUACGUCAUCACGCUGACAUCAUCUUCAUCUGUCUUAUCUUGACUCCUACCUCUGUGAGCAAGUUCGCAGCAUCCUCCAAGGUGUUUCCAAGUAUUUUCGAAUAUCAAGCAUAUUAAAGAAAAAAUUAAAAACAAACAUUAAUUACUUAUUACUAUAUAUUAUAUAUAUAUAUCCAGUGUCGCUGUGCUUUGGUUCCAGCCCUGGUAAAAGCCCAAAGACUCUUGGGUCUCUGCAACAUACCACCACACCACCAUGGAACACUAUUUUGGAAACCCUAAUUUCCGUCACUCUGCCAUGCUCAACAUGGCACCAUCUCCCUCCUCCGACUUCAUCAUAUCUGAUUAUCUCAUCUUGGAAGAUGUUGUUGAUUAUCAUCAUGAAGAGUGUUGGUCGCAAAGCACUGAAACUGAAUCAUCGGAGAAAGCAAACUCCAGUGAUGCCAGUCAUGGAUUUGGUGAUGCAACCUCCACCACCAACAAAAACAUAAAGUGCAAAAAUAAAGGGAUUCAGCAAAAGAAGGCAGAAGUGACUCAAAGCAUCACGUUUAGAACAAGAUCGCAGCUCGAGAUCAUGGAUGAUGGAUAUAAAUGGAGGAAAUAUGGAAAGAAGACAGUGAAGAACAAUUCCAACCCCAGGAACUAUUACAAGUGUUCAGGUGAAGGAUGCAGUGUGAAGAAAAGGGUGGAAAGGGACCGAAAUGACUCCAACUAUGUUCUAACAACGUAUGUUGGUGUCCACAAUCACCACACUCCGUCUUCCUAUUAUACCCAAAUGCCUUUGCUGCAUUCUGAUGAUUGGAACCUUCACCCUUCUGCAACUCAAAACUCAUAGCUCCUCAUUAUAUACACAUACUUAAUCAUAAUUAUAUUGUGUAAUUAACUAUCUCUUUCUCCAUUUCAAGUUUAAUUAUGUACACAUCUAUUCAUCCAUAUAAACUUAUAUGGAAUAGAUGGUGACCACUGUGGCUACCGUGUUAUGUAUUACUAUAAAUACAAUCUAACAUUUGGAAUAAGACGUUAGCAUCAUGUGAAAAUGUUGGAACUCUAAAUACGAUAUUGAAUAAAAAUAGAAAGGU